AAACCGGAACCACGUGUUUUUUGUUUAUUACGAAAAUGUCAUUUACAUUUAACUUUCCAAACCCUGUAGAUAAUGAUCAGACAGGUGUGAACGAACAACAUGGGGCAGAAAUUCAGGAUGGGGGAACUGAACAUGUUGAAACAUUCAGAGAAAUACUUCCGUCUGAUAUAGAGCAGGUUGCAGAUAUACCCCAACAGUCUUAUCAGUUGUCAGAGAGUGUGUGUAUACAGUGUGUAGAUAGUCAGGCAGUAGAAAGAAGACUUUGUGACAUAAAAGGAUCUUCAUGUGGGGUUACUGCAGCAGCUAAACAACAUUCAGAUCUCAUACCCAAUGUUUAUGAAGGUGGAUUAAAGGUUUGGGAAUGUGCAGUAGACCUUGCAAAAUAUCUCCAGAAAUGUGACAUAAAGUUCCACAACAAAAAGGUGCUUGAGCUUGGGUGUGGUGCCGGAUUACCAGCUAUUUUAGCAAUGUUGAAUGGUGCUUCCUGUGUUCAUUUUCAAGACUAA